GUCACAUGACCAGCGCGCAAGAUGGCAGCUCCCAGCGCGUGCGGCCCGGCGCUGUCGCUGCGGGUGGUGGCCGAGUGCGGGCGCAGCCGAGCUCGGGCCUGCGAGCUGCGGCUGCCGCCUGGCGCCGUGCCCAGCCCCGUCUUCACACCCGGGGGGGACCCCCAGCCUAGCCAAGGGGUGCAUGGGAUGAGGGCGAUUCCCUGGUGCCUUCCUGCUUUGUCUCCUCUAGCAGCCUUGGGACUGAACCUGGGUAUGUUUUCUUCCCCACCCCAGGGUCCUGAGCUCAUCAAGCAAGCAGGCGGGCUCCAUGGGUUCAUGAACUGGCCAUGCAACUUGCUCACGGACAGUGGUGGGUUCCAGAUGGUCUCACUGGUGGAGCUGGCCGAGGUGACUGAGGAAGGGGUGCAGUUCCAGUCCCCAUAUGAUGGUGGGCAGAUCCUGCUAAGUCCAGAGAAGUCCAUUGAGAUCCAAAAUGCCCUGGGGUCAGACAUCAUGAUGCAGCUGGACGACGUGGUGAGCAGCACAGUCACAGGCCCCCGUGUGGAGGAAGCCAUGUACAGGUCGAUUCGCUGGCUGGACCGCUGCAUCGCUGCAAACCGCCACCCAGAGAAGCAGAACCUCUUUGCCAUCAUCCAGGGGGGCCUGGACCCUGCCCUGAGAACCAAGUGCCUCAAAGAGAUGACCCAGCGGGAUGUGGCUGGCUUUGCCAUCGGGGGCCUGAGUGGUGGGGAGGAGAAGGACCAGUUCUGGCGCAUGGUGGCACUUAGCACUGCCCAUCUGCCCCGGGACAAGCCACGCUACCUCAUGGGAGUUGGAUACCCCACGGACCUGGUCGUCUGCAUCGCUUUGGGCUGCGACAUGUUCGAUUGUGUCUUCCCCACCAGGACGGCGCGCUUUGGCUCUGCCCUGGUGCCCUGGGGAACCCUGCAAGUGAAGAACAAGCAGUUUGCCAAGGACUUCCGACCCCUCAAUGAGGACUGCUCCUGCCCCACCUGCAGUAGGUACACCCGAGCUUACCUGAAUGCACUGAUCCGCACAGACACGGCCGCCUUGCACCACCUCACUGUGCACAAUAUUGCCUACCAGCUGCAGCUGAUGGCAUCUGUGCGGCAGAGCAUUGUGGAGGGUCGGUUUCCCGCCUUCGUCCGCGACUUCAUGGGCACCAUGUAUGGCACCCCCCAACGCUGCCCUGCCUGGGCCCUCGACGCCCUUGCCUCCGUUGGCAUUGCCCUCGACUGACCAGAGGUGGAGCCCCUGCCUGGAGCCACUCAGAGUCCUCUGCCACCUUGGGAUCCCCCAUGUUCCUCUCUCCUGCACUGACUGACAUGGGACCCCCUCCAUGUUACCCCCCUGCCCUGAAUGACCAGCCUGGGACCAUCCCCACAUCCCCCUCUACCCAGAUUGGCUGGGGUUACCCCCACCCUCCUUCCCAGACUGCCUGGGACCGUCUCCAUGUUACCCUACUGCCCUGGACCAACCUGGGACCCCACCCCUGUCCUGCCCCAGGCUGGCCUGGGUUCUCCCUCAUGUGUGUCUCCCCUUCCCUGGAUUCCCCCACUCCUGACCCAGGCUGACCUGAGCCCCCUUCUACAUUCCCCUCCUGCCUUGAACUAGCCUGGUUUACCCCCUCCCCCUUCCCUUCUAGGCCAGGGACUCUGCCUUUUCCUGUUCAUUUCCAAAUCUGGCUUCCCUGCCACAAAGGAUUCUGGGUAACACUGGCCCCCUCCCCCCAUUACUGGGUGGUUGGGACCCUAAGCGGGGAGGUGGGGGCAGGGUGGAGGUGGCCCUGGCUGCCCAGAGGGGGGCUGCUGAUGAGGGUGCUAAGGAAGGUGAUGGUCCUGCCCACCCCCUCCCCAAAUAAAGCCUGUAAAGCUACCCUGAAAGCAGAUCUGGCCCUUAAUACCCCUUCCAGGGCAGAAGGGAGAGGUCAGUAAGGCCCGGCUUCGUGUCCUGCAUAGGAGCCUCCCUGGUCAGCACCGUGGGUGGAGGGGGUUAAAAGGGCCCUGGCUCCAGGCUGGGGUCCCCUGGCACUGGGAGGGGAGUGGGUCUUGGGAGCCUGGACACCUGAGUUCUAACAGGCAGAGUUAAAAGGGCCCCAGCCAGUCCCUCUGCCUUCCAGCUGGCACAGGACAGGCUUGACUGGACCCACACCUGGGGCAGCUGUGGGCUAGCGGGAGGGCAGUAGCGCUUAGCGGAGCGGGGGUGGAGGGCUGGGCACUGGGUGCGGGAGUUGGGAUGGGGGCGCGGUAUCUCCAAGGCGUCCAGGCUCCCGGGCCCUCCUGCUGUUACCCCCCAGUCCGGAGAACCCAGGCGUCCGGGCUCCCCGCUGCCGUGGGUCGGGACGAGGGACACCAAGGAGGGGUGCCCCAGCCUGGGCGGGGCUGGGAGCCUGGACG